AUUUCUUCUGUGAUCUGUCUCUUUGUGUAUGUUGAGUUGAUGUGGAAAGGAUCGUUCAUCUCACUGAAUCACGCAAGGAAUCAUUUCGUUUGGUAUCGUUUGCGGUCUUAAUAGAAUCAAGAUGUCAGAAGCCAAGAAAUCAAAGACAGCCAAGAAGGGCUUUAUGGAGCGUCUAGAUGCCGGUGAGAUAGUGAUCGGUGAUGGAGGUUACGUAUUUGCUCUCGAGAAACGUGGUUACGUCAAGGCUGGACCAUGGACUCCAGAAGCAACCGUAGAACACCCAGAGGCUGUUCGACAGCUUUCCAAGGAAUUCCUCCGUGCCGGAGCAGACAUCAUCCAAGCUUUCACAUUUUAUGCCAGUGAUGAUAAACUAGAAAACCGGGCAAACAAGUCACUUGAGAAACAUACUGGUGCUAUGAUUAACCAGAGAGCAUGUGAUAUCGCAAAAGAAGUAGCUGAAAUUGGCAAUGGUAAUGGACCUGGUCUGUUUGCCGGUGGUGUCUGCCAAACACCUGGAUACCUCUCAGGUGCUAACAAGGAAUCCGUCCAAGCUAUCUUUAGGAAGCAGGUUAAAGUUUUUGAGGAGAACAAAGUGGACUUCCUUCUCGCCGAGUACUUUGAGCAUGUUGAAGAGGCUGUUUGGGCAGUUGAAGAACUGAAGAAGACUGGUAUUCCUGUAGCAUGUUCAUUGUGUAUUGGACCAGAGGGUGAUAUGCAUGGUGUAUCUGCUGGCGACUGUGCCGUUAAGAUGGCAGAAGCUGGUGCUGAUGUUAUCGGUAUAAACUGUCACUUCGACCCUUGGAUAUGUCUGAAAGGCGUCGCUCUGAUGAAGGAAGGUCUUGAGAAAGCAGGACUCAAGAGACAUCUCAUGAUCCAACCUCUUGCGUUUGCCACAGCCUGGUGUGGCAAGCAAGGAUUUAUUGAUCUCCCAGAGUUUCCUUUUGGUUUGGAGCCCCGUAUCCUGACACGUUGGGAGUGCCAUCGUUAUGCCCGUGAAGCCUACGACCUGGGUAUCCGUUACAUCGGUGGUUGCUGUGGAUUUGAGCCUUACCACAUCCGAGCUGUCUGUGAAGAGUUGAACAAGGAGAGAGGUUUCUACCCUGAGGGAACUGAAAAGCAUGCCCUCUGGGGUGAUGGUCUUCGUCAACACACAAAGCCGUGGGUUAGGGCUAGGGCUCGGCGUGAUUAUUGGGAGAACCUAAAACCCUCUAGCGGUCGACCAGAUUGUGCUUCAAUGUCUAAACCGGAUGCUUGGGGUGUAACCCGAGGUGAUGAAAACCUUGUUCAACAUGUCGAAGAGACCGACGACACAGAACUGAAGAAGCUUUACCAACAAGCAGCGAAAUAACUGUUUCAGAACAGUAUCAAUGACAUCUCAGUGAAUAGUUCAAAACAUGUACAAAUGUUAUAUACAUUUUCAACCUCAGAAUUACGUGCCUUCGGA